AUGUUAGUGGAGUUCGGUGAUUAAAAUACAAAAUGUACCAGAAAGUUCCCGCGUUUACUAAUUUAAACGAACUUGGUAGUAACAGUACUGGCGGUAAAAUUCUCUUUGCGACAGAUGACUUUUUUGCACCAUGUGAAAACUUAAUAUCUGAUAAAGACCCAGUCAACUUAACUGAAGAAUUUACAGAGUUUGGGAAGUGGAUGGAUGGUUGGGAGACCAGAAGGAAGAGGACACCAGGUCAUGACUGGUGUAUAAUAAAGCUUGGAUCCAAAUGCAUAAUUGCAGGAUUCUUGGUAGAUACGGCAUUCUUCACUGGCAACUUCGCUCCCAGAUAUUCAAUUCAAGCAGCCCGCUUGACGCCUGAUGAAGAAGAAUUAAUACCGAAGAGAAUUUCACGGAUGGGUACUGCGGCGAGCGAGUCCGACUUAGAACUAAUGAGGCUGCUUAGUACAGACAAAUGGGAGGAAAUCGUCCCAAUCACCGUGCUGCAGCCGGGCUAUGAGGAUACUAGAUUGAACUUCCAAAAGGUGGUCAGUGAUGAACCCUGGACACAUUUAAGACUAAAUAUUUAUCCUGAUGGAGGCAUCGCCAGACUCCGUGUAUUUGGUGAAGUAAAGCCGGACAUACCACCAAAUGACCAACUCGUUGACUUAGCAUCUAUGAUGAAUGGUGCGCGGUGUAUUGACUUUUCAAAUGCACACUUUGGACAUCCAAAAAAUAUAUUGAAAGCAGGAAAAAGUGAAACAAUGGCGGAUGGUUGGGAGACAGCAAGGCGGCUUGAUAGACCUAGCAUUAUUAAAAAGAACCAGGAUGAGUCCCUUCAAAUACCAGGAAAUGAAUGGGCCGUCUUCAAGCUAGGAUUUCCCGGUAGAUCCAAAGAGAUUUGUAUAGACACGACUCAGUUCAAAGGAAACUUUCCAGACACAGUGAAAAUUGAGGGCGCUUUUCUGAAAAAUGAGUACACAAGUGAUGCGAACAUUGAUUGGGAAAUCAUUGCUAAACCAUAUAAGCUUUCGGAGAAUAAGGAACAUUGGAUUGGCUGCCAUUCCGAAGUCAUCAAUCACAUUCGCGUCACUAUGGCACCCGAUGGUGGGUUCAGUCGACUCCGUCUCUAUGGUUUUGUUGAAACUGACUUAAUUGAAUAGAUGUCGAAAGGAAAAAUAAAUUUGAAUUGAAAAAUUACUAUAAUUCAAAUAUCAUACUAAUUAUAAUUAACUUAAUUUCUGUAUUCGUUCUUAUUAAGUUUCACGAUUAAUAUUUUGAAAACCAAAAGCCUAUUACAUUAUUCAUGGUUAUAGUUUUCAUACACUUAAUAAUUAAUAAUUUGUUAUUUUAAAAUGAGUAUUAGUUAUCCUCCUGGUGAGGCAUGGAAAAUUGUUACAAUGUUUUAAUAUGUCUAGUUUGUAUAUUCAUAAUUAUAAGGUAUCAAAGUAUUAUUAAU